CCAACACUCUACUGCUGCUGCUGUUAGACACCGAAACACACCACGAAGCAGGUCAGUCCAGCCUGAGCAGUCAUGUCGGCCAAAGCCAUCUCCGAGCAGACGGGAAAGGAGUUCCUCUACAAGCACAUCUGCACAUCGGCGGCCGUCCAGAACCGGUUCCGCUAUGCCAACGUGACGGCCGAGACCGACUUCGCCCGGCUGGCUCAGGAGCACCCAUGGCUGCUCACAGAGAGGCUGGUGGUGAAGCCGGACCAGCUGAUAAAGAGGCGAGGGAAGCUGGGUCUGGUCGGCGUCAACCUGGACCUGAACGGCGUCAAAGAGUGGCUGAAGCCUCGCCUCAUGAAGGAGACGAUGGUGGGAAAGGCCAAAGGCAUUCUCAAGAACUUCCUCAUUGAGCCAUUCGUGCCUCAUAAACAGGAGGAGGAGUUCUACGUGUGCGUCUACGCCACCCGGGAGGGCGACCACGUGCUGUUUCACCACGAAGGCGGGGUGGAUGUCGGAGACGUGGACGCCAAAGCUCAGAAGCUGCUCAUCGGCGUGGAUGAGAAGAUCAGCGAAGACCUGGUGAAGAAGACGCUGCUGACCAACGUCUCCAACGACAAGAAGGCGGUUCUGGCCAGCUUCAUCGUCGGACUCUUCAACCUGUACGAGGACCUGUUCUUCACAUACCUGGAGAUCAACCCUCUGGUGGUCACAAAAGAUGGAGUUUACGUUCUGGACAUGGCGGCGAAGAUCGACGCCACCGCCGACUACAUCUGCAAGGCCAAGUGGGGCGACGUGGAGUUUCCUCCCCCCUUUGGCAGAGAGGCUUAUCCUGAGGAGGCCUACAUCGCUGACCUUGAUGCCAAGAGUGGAGCCAGUCUCAAACUGACGCUGCUCAACCCUCGAGGCAGAAUCUGGACCAUGGUGGCGGGAGGAGGCGCCUCGGUGGUCUACAGCGACACAAUCUGUGACCUCGGUGGAGUCGACGAACUCGCCAAUUACGGAGAAUAUUCAGGAGCACCGAGCGAGCAGCAGACAUACGACUACGCCAAGACCAUCCUGUCUCUGAUGACGAGAGAGAAGCACCGGGAUGGGAAGGUUCUGAUCAUCGGAGGAAGCAUCGCUAACUUCACAAAUGUUGCAGCAACAUUUAAGGGGAUUGUUCGAGCCAUCAGAGACUAUCAGGUGCCACUAAAGGAGCAUGAAGUCACUAUUUUUGUCCGCCGUGGAGGCCCAAACUACCAGGAAGGUCUCAGAGUGAUGGGAGAAGUUGGAAAGACCACCGGGAUCCCGAUUCACGUCUUUGGCACAGAAACCCACAUGACCGCCAUCGUCGGCAUGGCGCUGGGCCACAAGCCAAUCCCCAACCAGCCUCCCGUCGCCGCCCACACCGCCAACUUCCUCCUCAACUCCAGCGGCAGCACAUCGACCCCGUCAUCCAGCAGAACAGCUUCUUUCUCUGAGAACAAAGCCAGAGUCGAGGGCUCGCCAGCCAAGAAGGUGAAAACCGGAGCUCCCGCUGCCAAAACAACAACCCUCUUCAGCAAACACACCAAGUCCCUGGUGUGGGGGAUGCAGACUCGAGCAGUGCAGGGCAUGAUGGACUUCGACUACGUCUGCUCCAGAGAGGAACCAUCUGUCGCAGCGAUGGUUUACCCCUUCACAGGCGACCACAAACAGAAGUUCUACUGGGGGCAUAAAGAGAUCCUCAUCCCCGUGUACAAGAACAUGAGUGACGCCAUGAAGAAGCAUCCAGAUGUGGACGUGCUCAUCAACUUCGCCUCUUUGCGUUCUGCCUUUGACAGCACCAUGGAGACCAUGCAGUACCCGCAGAUUCACACCAUUGCCAUCAUUGCUGAGGGAAUCCCAGAAGCCCACACCAGGCGGAUCAUCAAGGCGGCCGAUGAGAAGGGCAUCACGAUCAUCGGACCGGCGACUGUCGGAGGAAUCAAGCCGGGUUGCUUCAAGAUCGGGAACACAGGAGGAAUGCUGGAUAACAUCCUCGCCUCUAAGCUCUACCGUCCGGGCAGCGUGGCCUACGUGUCCCGCUCAGGAGGCAUGUCCAAUGAACUCAACAAUAUCAUCUCCCGCACCACUGAUGGCGUUUUUGAAGGCGUGGCCAUCGGUGGAGACAGAUAUCCAGGCUCAGUGUUCACUGACCAUGUGCUGCGCUACCAAGACACUCCUGGAGUGAAGAUGAUUGUUGUGCUGGGAGAGAUCGGCGGCACUGAGGAGUACAAGAUCUGCCAGGCUAUUAAACAAGGCAGGAUCACGAAGCCGGUGGUGUGCUGGUGUAUCGGCACCUGUGCAACCAUGUUCUCCUCAGAGGUUCAGUUCGGCCAUGCAGGAGCUUGUGCCAACCAGGCCUCCGAGACAGCAGUGGCGAAGAACAAGGCUCUGAAGGAGGCUGGAGCUUUUGUUCCCAAGAGCUUCGAUGAGCUGGGAGAGAUCAUCAAAUCUGUGUAUGAUGACCUUGUCGCCAAAGGAGUUAUUCAGCCAGCUGAAGAGGUGCCUCCUCCCACUGUACCAAUGGAUUACUCCUGGGCACGAGAGCUGGGUCUGAUCCGUAAGCCGGCCUCUUUCAUGACCAGCAUCUGUGAUGAGAGAGGUCAGGAGCUCAUCUACGCCGGCAUGCCCAUCACCGAGGUCUUUAAGUCAGAGAUCGGCCUGGGAGGAACCCUGGGGCUGCUGUGGUUCCAGAGAAGGUUGCCCAGAUAUGCCUGCCAGUUCAUUGAGAUGUGUCUCAUGGUGACUGCUGAUCACGGUCCGGCUGUUUCGGGAGCUCACAACACUAUUGUCUGCGCUCGAGCUGGAAAAGAUCUCAUCUCCAGUCUCACCUCCGGCCUCCUCACCAUCGGUGAUCGCUUCGGAGGUGCUCUGGAUGCUGCAGCGAAGCAGUUCAGCAAGGCGUUCGAUAGCGGUAUGCUGCCCAUGGAGUUCGUCAACAAGAUGAAGAAGGAUGGCAAGCUGAUCAUGGGAAUCGGACACAGAGUGAAGUCGAUCAACAAUCCAGACAUGAGAGUCCAGAUCCUAAAGGACUUUGUGAAGCAGCACUUUCCCUCCACCCAGCUGCUGGACUACGCUCUAGACGUCGAGAAGAUCACCACCUCCAAAAAACCCAACCUGAUCCUGAACGUGGACGGCUUCAUUGGGGUGGCCUUUGUGGACUUGCUCAGGACUUGUGAUGGAUUUACACG